AUGCGGGAAAACGUGAUCGAACAGUUGGAGGAGGAGAUACAGGCGAAGCAGCGCCUAAUUUACGAACAAGACCACCUUAUUCACAUUUUGGAGCACGAGAAUCGAUGUGAGGAGGUGAAGGUUGUACAGGAUUCGCUCACAAGUGACAGCGAGAUUACGGUAAUUGAAAGAUUUAUGACCUCAACUUCUCCAUGUCACUCGAAUUCUAAUUGUAAUGAUCAAUGUGAUCGAUUACGGGAACGUCUUGAACAGGCACUGGUCGAACGCGAAAAAUUAGAGCUGCAGAAUGAACAGUUGUUGAAGCAAUGGGAAGAAGCCCUGGAAUAUGUGACGACGGUAAGGAAUAUUGUAGAAACGGAACCGUUCUCAAAUCAUUUUUGUUCGUUUCUUUUCUGGUUUUUACUAAGCUAUUCACUUUAUUCCAGUUUAUGCAUAUUAACUACUACUUUCAUUUUGUUAUGGUAUACUUAA